AUGUCCACGCUGGGCACGAAGGGCUGCUACCUCACCUUUGACGCCGCGUCGCAAGGCACGCUGUUCGUGCACUGGAGCGAGACGCCCAUCGAGGGCGCCAUCGCGUUCUUCGCGCCGCGCAAGAACGUUCCAGGCUUCAAGUUCAAGCAGAACGGCGGGCGCAGCGAGCUCAUCCGCGAGAUGUCGGGCGGCACGGGCGAGCGCAUCAAGCGCUACUACUCGGGCUGGUGCCAGUACGUCAAGCUCGCCAAGUCGUUCCAGGCCGCCUUCGUCAUGUACGCCUUCGACGUCCUGCCCAUGGUCGACAUCGCCCUGAUCGACGGCGCGAAGGAGAGCGACAACAUCGUCCCCGUCGUCGUCGGCGAGCCCGUCGAGUCGCUCGCGACCAUGUCCGCCGUCGGCACCGUGCCGCACCCGAACCCGUGCUUCACCGCGACGACGUUCUCCAAGGAGUACUUCAUCAGCACGGGCAACAAGGAGGGCGUCGCGCUGCCGAUCUAG